AUGAAGUCAUCGAGCUCCUCGCCAAAUAAUCAGCCGGCUCCGCGAGGGAGAAGCCGCCUCGACCAACGGCUGCUGAGCCUCGCCGUCGCAACGGCCAGACGCGGUCCAGUACCAAGGCACAUUGCCUUUAUCCUGGAUGGAAAUCGACGCUGGGGGCGGCGUCGCGGCCGCUCGCUCCGCCAAGCGUAUCUCAAGGGAUGGCAGCAAUACGUCGAGUUCUGUAGCCGAUGCGGCGUCGAGGCGAUUUCCGUGUACGCCUUUAGCGUGGAGAACUUCAAGCGGUCGGCCGACGAGGUUUCCACCGUCCUGGAGAUCGUCAUGGAGAGCUUAGACGAGCUGGUCCAGCAGAUGCGUGACCUUGACGGAUCAAUCCGGCUCUGCGGACAGCGUGACCUGGUGAGCGCAGCCGUGUUGGAGGGACUGGACCAAGCCGUUGAAAGCACCAAGCAAAACAAGAGCAUCAUUCUCAAUAUUUGCUUCGCAUAUGCCUCGACAGCGGAGAUUCAGAUGGCUGUGCAACGGAGCAUCCAGGAGCGCCUCACCGAACAGGCGGCUGCCGGUGAUGCGACGCAUAGCCUCAGCAGCGCGCCGAUCAACAUGGUGGCCGCUCUGGACCGGAACAUGUAUACGGCAGGCAGCCCGCCUCUCGAUCUGCUCGUCCGCACGGGCAACACGCACCGCCUCAGUGAUUUUCUGCUGUGGCAGUGUCACGAGGACACGUCCAUUGUCUUUGUGAAGAAGUCGUGGCCCGAGUUGAGCAUCCCCCGCGUUCUCGCUAUUUUGAUCGAAUGGCGGCGGGGCAAAAGCGUUGAAAAAGACAAGAAAGGAGCCCUAGAUUAA